AUCUUUACCUAAAGAAAAAACUCCAGAGAGAAACAUACAGAUGAGUGAGGGUUUGAAAAGGGAUUAUCAGAUCGGUGAAGAAAUCGGACGGGGAAGAUUUGGUACCGUAUACCGGUGCUUUUCUCCAGUUUCCGGUGAGUAUUUUGCUUGUAAAUCAAUUGAAAAGAAGUUAUUAUCAGAUUCAAUUGAUAAAGAAUGUUUAGAAAAAGAAGCUAAGAUUAUGCAAAUUGUUAGUGGAAACCCUAAUAUUGUUCAGAUUUUGAAUGUUUACGAAGAUGAUGAUUAUCUUCAUAUGGUAAUGGAAUUAUGUGAUGGGAAUUCUGCUCAUGGCGGUGGUGAUCUUUAUGAACGUAUAACGAAAAGGAUUUUUAGUGAAAGUGAAGCGUGUGUAUCUGUAAUGAAUCCGUUAAUGGAAGCAAUUGCUCAUUGUCAACGCCAUGGUGUUGCUCAUAGAGAUAUUAAACCUGAUAAUAUUCUAUUUGAUAGGAGGAACAGAUUAAAACUAGCCGAUUUUGGAUCUGCUGAUUGUUUUCAUGAAGGUUUUAUGAGAGGAAUUGUUGGUACACCUUAUUACGUUGCUCCUGAAGUGAUUUCUGGUAGAGAUUAUAAUGAGAAGAUUGAUGUUUGGAGUGCUGGUGUUAUUUUGUAUAUAAUGUUGUCUGGUAUUCCUCCUUUCUAUGGUGAUUCUGCUGCUGAGAUUUUUGAAGCUGUUUUAAGAGGAAAUCUGAGGUUUCCUACAAGAAUCUUUCAUUCUGUUUCUUCUUCUGCUAAAGAUCUUCUAAGAAGAAUGCUUUGUAAAGAUGUUUCUAAGAGAUUCACGGCGGAACAAGUCCUAAAGCAUCCAUGGAUUACAAGUGGAGGAGAAACAAGAUCCAUGACUGAUCUAACCUGAACAACACAAGACAAACAUGACCUAACCCCCCCAAGUAUUGUAAAUUUUGCCGGGCUUUUGGACUGGACUUUUUUUCAAGGGUUUGUUCAACACAAGAGAAGAGAACCCAUGCGUUCUGUGUAGCUAGUAGAUCAAGAAGAAGCGAAGACUAAGAAGAAGUUCUGGUUAAACUGAAAUAGCCGCAGAAGAAACUUCUCGCCUAGGUUUUUUUUUUUUAUCAUCUUCUUUCUUAUAUAAUUAAAAAGAAAGAAAAAACGAUGCGAGUAUGAGACUGUAAAUAUAUAAAGAGGAACUUAUCGUUUUCCUUAGGAAGUUAUGGUGUGUUAGCCGCAUAGAAUAGAGCCGAGUGAGAUGGACGAUGAUCUCACUACUAAAUAUUAGUAGUUGUUUUGGUUUUGCUUGUAUUCGGGGGUUUUUAGUUUCCCUUUACUACUAUCACUACUACUACUAUGUUUGUUUUCCUUCAGCCGUGAAGCUUUCAAUGAUAAGUAAGUUGAUGAAAA